AAUUGUUUACACGACCUUGAUUGUCAUUUAAAGUCAACACGCGAUGAAAAAAAUUACACCAACAAUUAAACCAAUUUAAUUAAUUAAGCAAGCGCCACAAUUCGGUCAAUCACUCAAAAUGCGACACUUGAUCUGGUUCAGCUUUCUCACAAUUUCGGUAGCGCACGAGUUGCCGCCAACGUUUCAAAAAUGCGCCAGAAAGGACCCAAAUUUUGGGCAAUGUAUGGUCAAGGCGGUCCAGAAUGCCGUAGGGCAGCUCACUAGACCCAUCAAAGAGGUGGGUCUGCCCGCCGUUGACCCAUUGGUGGUACCAUCGAUGACCAUCGCACCGGGGGAUGGGCCCACGAAGUUCCAGCAAAAUUACAAAAAUAUGGAAGUUAAGGGCUUUUCCAAAGGGCAAUUUACCAAGUUUGAUUUUGAUUUUGAGCAAAAAAUUGUCACAUUUGAGGUGGAAUUCCCCCAGUUGGUGUUUGAGUUUGAGUAUGAUUUCAAUGGGACUAUUCUGGUGCUACCUUUUCAAGGUCAUGGGCCUGGAGAGGCCAUUUUUGAAAACAUGAAAUACUUCUUUGAGUUUUGGUUGCAAGAAUAUACGAGGGACGGUCAAAAACACUACAAAGUCGUGCAAAAUCGUCUUGUCCUCGAACCUGAUUUAAUCAAAUUUAAAUUUGAUAAUUUGUUUGAUGGUGAUAAGGACUUGAGUGAUAAAGUUAAUCAAGUGUUUAAUGACAACAGCAAGGAGGUUUUUGGCGACGUUAAGCCGAGCUAUGAGUCGGCUUUUGGCCACAUUUUUGCAAAUAUUUUCAAUCGUUUGUUGGCCAGAGUGCCAAUUGUUGACCUGUUUGAGGCGUAAAAAUAAAUAAAUAAAUAAUUUAAUUGAACUGGUUUUCCUAUUUAUGCACUUAUUUUUAGCAACGGUUCAAAAAAUCAAAAUAAACAAACUGUGAUAAUGAUAACAUUGAACAAAACAACCUUGUUAUCUUGUUGACGCAAAAUUUCGAAUCUUAAUUCAAUUAAAGUCAAGAUGUGCGCAAAUUCGGUCGAAAUAUACAUUUACGACUUGCACCAAGACUCGAAUUGUUGGUGCAAGGACGAGUUUUUGCAAAUUUUGACCCCAGAUGACGAUAUACUACACUCCAGCGUGGUCGUCCAUGGAAGUGAAUACAGUUACGGCGAGGGAGGCGUCGAACAACACAAACCUAUAAAGUGAUAAUUUUGGUAGAAAUUACGGCCACAAUAUGUGACUGACUUGGACUUCGAGGAAGCCGUAAGUCGGAUCAAGCUAGUGGGGGAAACCCCUUUGACCAAAAUGGAAGUUGAAUUGUUGGUAAAAAAAAUGAAAAAUGACGCCAAUUGGUUGGCUUGUAAAUUUAAUCCAGUGGAACACAACUGCCACCAUUUUGCCGAUUUCUUUGUUAAAUUGUUGUGCGGGAAGGGGACUGCAUUACCGGCCGAAAUUUAUAAUUUUAAUAGGAAAUUGUUGGAGUGUAGGGAAUGGUGGAUUUGUGAAUUUUACCAAAACGACUAAAACAGUUUUGUGUAUUUUUUUUAAGUAUUUAAUUAAUAAAAAGUGUCAACUCUU